GCCGCGCGCGCUCUCCUCUCCUCCACUCUCACCACCGCCUGUCCGCCAUGAGUUCCUCGCCGCCGUCGCGGGCAGCCGCCAGGGCGUACGGGUGCUGCCACCGCCUCCUGCUCGCUUCUACCACCGUGCCGGCGACGAGCGGCUGCGCUGGGCGCGCACGCAGCCUCACGCUGGCUCUCCGCUGCCUCCCGAUUGCUGGGCACAGGCUGAGGAGUCGAAGGGUUGCGUGCCAAGCGAUGACGGAGACCGAGCCCGAAGGCAAUGGCGACGACGAGGAGAAAGAAGUGUUUGGAGAUGAUGCUUCAUCACCUUCGGCUGAUAGUGCUGCAGAAGUCAAUGAGCCUGCAAAAAGUGACUCCAACAUAGACAAUAAGAAAGAUGAAACCACGAAUGCAGAACUGCUGAGCUCCAGUGAUGCAGCUCAGAACAUUGAUGGAGAUGCCACUACCACCAAUGAUAUGCAGGAGAAUGUGGAAGUUGUUGAAGUCGCUAGCGGCUCUCCAUUGCCAGGAAUGAAGCAACAGCUUGAUGAUGCUGAAAGGAUUCCCAAGGCUACAAUAGACAUUCUGAAGGAUCAAGUUUUUGGUUUUGACACUUUUUUUGUGACAAGUCAGGAGCCUUAUGAGGGUGGAGUACUGUUCAAGGGGAAUUUGCGUGGUAAACCUGCCAAGAGUUACGAGAAGAUUACAAAUCGGCUAGAGAACAAAUUUGGUGAUCAAUAUAAGCUUUUUCUUCUCGUCAACCCAGAGGAUGAGAAGCCCGUUGCAGUCGUUAUACCCAGACAGACAUUACAACCUGAAACUACAGCUGUCCCAGAAUGGUUUGCUGCUGCUUCAUUUGGAUUAGUUACCAUCUUCACUCUGCUGCUUCGAAAUGUACCUGUUCUACAGGACAAUUUGCUAUCAACAUUUGACAACCUUGAAUUGUUAAAAGAUGGACUAUCUGGUGCCCUGGUAACUGGACUAAUAAUAGGGGUCCAUGAAAUUGGGCAUAUCCUUGCUGCCAAGGAAAGUGGAAUCAAGCUUGGAGUGCCAUAUUUUGUUCCUAGCUGGCAGAUAGGAUCUUUUGGUGCCAUUACCAGGAUUAUCAACAUUGUCCGCAACCGUGAGGACCUAUUGAAGCUAGCAGCCGCUGGACCACUGGCAGGGUUCUCCCUUGGAUUUGUUCUUUUGCUGUUGGGCUUCAUCUUACCUCCAAGUGAUGGCCUUGGCCUCAUAAUAGAUCCAACUGUCUUUCAUGAAUCAUUUCUUGUUGGUGGCCUCGCAAAGCUUCUUCUUGGGGAUGCUCUGAAAGAAGGAACACAGCUAUCCAUAAACCCACUUGUUUUAUGGGCGUGGGCUGGUCUCCUGAUCAAUGCUAUCAAUAGCAUCCCUGCUGGAGAGCUUGAUGGCGGCCGAAUAGCAUUUGCCAUGUGGGGAAGAAAGAUAUCGUCUCGGCUCAGCAGCCUCACCAUUGGAUUGCUUGGGAUCGCAGCACUCUUCAAUGAUGUGGCCUUCUACUGGGUGGUGCUGAUCUUCUUCCUGCAGAGGGGUCCAAUCGCUCCUCUCUCCGAGGAAAUCACAGACCCUGAGAAUAACUACAUCGGCAUCGGCAUCGCUGUUUUGCUCUUUGGGCUCCUGAUAUGCCUGCCCUACCCAUUCCCCUUUGACCCGUCACAAUUAACCGAUAUUGAUUUUGACUUCUGAAAAAAAAAAGGAUGAAAAAAAUAGUUGCUACUCACCGGCUUCUCUUCCUCCAAUUGUAUCUCUGAGAUGUAACCCUCGGCUCUGAAUUCCGUUGUGCCAUCUUUGCUCAGUUGCUCUUGUAGUAGCAAAUAAAAGCAGGAGCUUUUGUUGCCGUAGUUUGCCAGUUGUGUUUUAGUAGGUUGAUCAGAGUAGAACAGUAUAAAAGUAUGUUAUUUUGGCUGAACUGUUAUCUCUCUAGUUAUGGCUUAUCAAUAAUCGAUUCCUGUUCCUA